AUGGCGGCCUUUUGUGCCCGCCCCCAUAGCUUACUCACGUCGCCUUACACCCACCAGUCAGUAGCGAUGGCGGCAGUGUUUGCGGCCUUUCGGCGAUUCGGCGACUUGCUUACCCGGCGAUUGACAGCCUCCACCAACCUGGGUCUCAGCCUUCGCCCAAUGAGUGCCUUUGCACAAGAGGAAGCCUCCAAAGCAGCCCCAGAGGAAGCCCCAGGCCACAGCUAUGAGUCCCUUCGGGUGACAGCUGCCCAGAAACACAUUCUGCAUGUGCAACUAAACCGGCCUGAGAAGAGAAACGCCAUGAACAAGGCCUUUUGGAGAGAGAUGGUGGUAUGCUUCAACAAGAUUGCAGAAGAUGCUGACUGUCGUGCGGUGGUGAUCUCUGGUGCAGGAAAAAUGUUCACUUCAGGUAUCGACCUCACGGACAUGGCUUCAGAGCUCCUUCAGCCCCCAAGUGACGACACGGCUCGCAUCAGCUGGUACCUCCAUAGCCUCCUCACCAGAUACCAAGAGACCUUCAGCGUCAUCGAGAAGUGCCCUAAGCCGGUGAUCGCCGCCAUCCAUGGAGGCUGCAUUGGUGGAGGAGUGGAUCUUAUCACUGCCUGUGACAUCCGAUACGGUACCCGGGAUUCUUUCUUCCAAGUGAAGGAGGUGGACAUAGGUUUGGCGGCAGAUGUGGGAACCCUGCAGCGACUGCCCAAAGUCAUCGGGAACCAGAGCCUCGUCAACGAGCUGGCCUUCACUGCCCGCAAGAUGAUGGCUGACGAGGCCCUGGAGAGUGGACUGGUCAGCCGUCUCUUCCCAGACAAGGAGAGCAUGCUUGAUGCGGCUUUCACCUUGGCAGCUGAGAUUUCCAGCAAGAGCCCCGUGGCGGUUCAGGGCACAAAAAUCAACCUGAUCUACUCCCGCAACCAUUCGGUGAAGGAGAGCCUCGACUACAUGAAAUCCUGGAACAUGAGCAUGCUACAAACAAAGGACAUCAUGAAGUCUGUCCAGGCCGCAACAGAGAAGAAGGAUCUGAAGACUGUCACCUUCCCCAAGCUCUGAGAGGCCUGUCGUCCCAGGUCUUGGCGCAGGGGUCUGACUUUGCCUGGCCUCCUGCCUGCGUGUUCUCGUUCACAGAAAGAGAGGAUUCAUAAAGAUGGUCCAGCUUGCUGUCUUCUCAAGUCUCCCAGUUUAUACCUUUAUGACACAUUUCUCCCUGCCUUAUCUUUGCCCCACGAGCAAUAAAGCAAUGUAAAGAA